UUCUGGUUCUGUAAUAAGAUUGUUGUUUUGUGGAACCAUAUACUGCGUAACAUAAUAGAAGGAGGAUCCCUUGAUUGUUUAACGCGUAGAUUAGACAUAUAUAUGAAUGAGAUUGGGUGAAUAUAAAUAGACGUUGCCUAAAUAAAUAGACCCCUGCCUCGUAUGGGCAAAUAGGCCUUCUGCAGUUACCUUCAUUCUUAUGUUCUUGUGUUACUCAGGUAAGGGGAUAAUGACAUGAGGAAGGAAGAAGAAGGAAGUGCACCUCUCCUCUAAGAGGGUAUAUAAGCCACUGUUUCAAGCGUAAAUAAUUCUUACGGGCUAUUCAUGUCCGUGCCACUUCAUGGGUACGGCUUAAUCUUUAUCAAUCAAUCGCGUAAAUAAUCACUGGUGAUUAUUGCUACCAAGCAAUAUUUUUUCCAACAGUUUUAUGAGCCUGCUUGCAAAGGCGUAGAAAUUUUCUGUUUGAGGAAAACGAGUGAAUCUUCCACCACUUGACAGUUUGUCGUCUGUGAUCGCCUUUACCCGAACGGUACCCAGGAUUUAAAAAAUGAACACACCAAGUCUGCCACUGUCCUUCUGCAGACAUGAAGCUGAGGGUGAUAAACCGAAGAAAACACGAGAGGAAUGGAAGAAGGCUAAGGAACUUGAUGACGCUCAGAAAGCUGGUACAGUCCCAGCUGCUGUUGAUGAAGAGGGUAAAGACAUCAAUCCUCACAUUCCUCAAUAUAUAGCUACAGCACCCUACUUUGGUUCAUGUCGUCCAACACUUACACAUCAACGUCCACAACCAAAAGAAGAAAGCGACUUUGAUAGAAAGAGAGGUAGGUGGAAUGGUUUUGACCCAUCAGAUAAUACAGCUGUUGUUGAAGAACAUAAAAAAGUUGAAGAUUAUAGGAGACAUAUAAAGGCUCAAAAAUUAAAGGACGAAGAGAUGAGUGAUGAUGAACCUGAAGAUGAAGACAAAAAUGUUGACAGUGUCGACAUGCCAGGUACAAAAGUGGACAGUAAGCAGAGAAUUACAGUGCGUAACUUGCGUAUACCUGAAGACACAGCCAAGUACUUAAGAAAUUUAGACCCUGAUUCAGCUCAUUACGAUGCCAAGUCUCGCUCCAUGAGAGAGAACCCUUACAAUGGGAGAAAGAAAGAUGAGGUUGACUUUGCUGGUGAGAAUUUUGCAAGAUUUUCAGGAGAUACUGUUGACCAAGCUAAAGCUCAACUCUCUGCCUUGGAUGCUUAUGAAAAAGGUGUAGAUGUCAGCCUACAGGCUGAACCUACAAAGCUUGAAUUGCCUGAAAAGCAGUUUGUUAACAAGAUGGAAGAGUUCAAUAAAAAAGCAUUUGAUGAUUUUUUAGAAAAAUAUGGUGGAAAGGAGCAUUUAAAUGCUCCUUUCCCAAACAGAAAAUUAUUAAUAUCCCAAACAGAAAAUUAUGUUGAGUACUCCAGAAAUGGUGAAAUUAUUCAACGUGCUGAAAAACAGACUGUACGAUCUAAAUAUGAAGAAGAUGUAUAUCCUGGAAAUCACACAAGUGUUUGGGGAAGUUACUGGCAAGAUGGCAUAUGGGGAUAUAAUUGCUGCCAUUCUUUUGUAAAAAAAUCAUAUUGCACUGGUGAAGCUGGAAAACAGGCCAAACCUAAGUUAUUACCCAGUGCAUCUACCUCUUCUGUUAACACCAGAUCUCACAAAACUAGUUCUACUGAAGAAGAGCUAAAUACAAAAACUUUACUUGAAAUUCACAGAGAGAAGAAAAAGAUGAGGAAGAAGCAAAAGAAAGAAAAGAAGAGGAUGCAAAAGCAAGAAAAGAAAGAAAAGAAGAGGAUGCAAAAGAAAGAAAAGAGGUUGCAAAAGAAAGAAAAGAGGAUGCAAAAGAAACAAGAGGAGAAGAUGCAAAAGCAAGUAAAGAAAGAAAAGAGGUUGCAAAAGAAACAAGAGGAGAGGAUACAAAGGGAGACGGAGAAACAAAAGAGGAAGGAAAGCAGUAGUAGGGAGUCCAGCAGUGAAGAUAUCGAACAGUACGGACCGAAACGUCGUCGUUUCUCUUUUUAAUAAUGUGUGGUUUGGUGAUCAUAUAACUCCUGUUUUGAGUAAUGAUAUUUACAUUUGAGUGUUGAGAAUAGAAAACACCAUUUUAAAAUCUGUAAUACUACGUGCCUUAUGGUCUUCAUACAUUCCUUCAACAUCCCUUGCAAGGAAUAGUAUGACUGUAUAGAAUCAGUGCCCGAUACUUAAAAGAAAAUACAGUAUCAAACACUCUCAAAGUAAUAUAAUAAAUGUUGAAUUCAAGAGACUGGUUUUAUUUCCUUUUAGAUGGAGGAACAAGAUCAUAUAUUUUGAAAAAAAAUGGGAAAUGAAAUGUUGAUUUCCUGUAAGUAUGGUAGUUAUGAAUAUUAAAAUUACGUCAAUAUGAACUUUCCAUAAACUUCUUCAUGCAGGAAACUAAUAAAUCCUUGUGCAUAAACGUUAUUAUAUAACAUUUUAUUAAUAAAAUUAACACAGCUACUUCAAAGAACAUACAUCCAUUGGCUCAGUCUACUAGACUUAGUAUUUGGAUUGAUAAAACAGUUGUGAAAAGAAAUUGUUGAUUAGUCAGAAAUUCUGGCUUUAGCACACUAGUAGGUGCCCUCAGCCUGGAUGUUGAAUCCGGCGUCCUGUCUCUCCGACCGUCAUGAUCGCUACUGCCUUUGCUACCUUGCGCGGUCCUUACAAUACCUUCACGCUUCCUUAUGUCGUGCUUUGACUUUUGCCCCUCCUGUGGUCCCUGUUCCCCUUCACCACCUCCCUUUUUCUGUACGGUUGACUCACCUACAGAAUUCUCAAUCGGUUUCUCAAUUCUCAAUA